CGCGCUUCGACACCGGCGCAGAAUCACCAUGAAAAUGUUUACUUUGAUGCCAGGAAUCCAACUUCACUAGGAACUCAUCCUCCAAUUGCUUGAAGAUACCUGUCCUUAGUUGAAUACUGGGACUUACUAGACAAUGGGCACUGCACAUUAAGCAGGGGUGGCAGACUGAAGCCCAUCUGGGGACAGAAUGAGUUUAAAAGAUGCUGACAGUGCAGUUUGCCAGGCAAAGGCAGCCUAUAAUCUUCAUAUUUACCCCCAGCUCUCAACAGAAAGUGCUCCCUGCUGCAAAGUGACAGCAACCAAGGACAGCACGUCAUCAGAUGUCAUCAAGGACGUGAUUAAUAUCUUAAACCUGGAUGUCUCCAAACAUUAUGUGCUGGUGGAGGUGAAAGAAUCAGGAGGAGAAGAAUGGGUACUUGACAUCAACGAUUCUCCCGUGCACAGGGUUUUGCUGUGGCCUCGGCGAGCUCAGGACGAGCACCCUCAGCAGGACGGGUACUACUUCCUGCUGCAGGAGAGGAACACUGAUGGCUCCAUCAAGUACCUGCAGAUGCAGCUGCUGUCCAAGGAGAGGGAUGCUCGGCGCCUGGUGGAGAGGGGCUUUCUGCCCUGGCACCAGGAGGACUUUGAUGACCUUUGCAAUCUGCCCAACCUGACUGAGACAACGCUCCUGGAGAAUCUCAAGUGCCGCUUCCUGAAGCACAGGAUCUACACUUAUGCAGGAAGUAUCCUGAUUGCAAUUAACCCCUUCAAGUUCCUGCCCAUUUAUAACCCCAAGUAUGUCAAGAUGUAUGAGAACCAUCAGCUUGGGAAGUUGGAGCCUCAUAUUUUCGCCAUUGCUGAUGUGGCCUAUCACACAAUGCUUAAAAAACAUGUGAAUCAGUGCAUCGUUAUAUCAGGUGAAAGUGGGUCUGGGAAAACCCAAAGCACAAACUUCUUAAUUCACUGCCUCACUGCACUGAGCCAGAAAGGGUACGCCAGUGGUGUGGAGAGAACCAUCCUGGGAGCUGGACCAGUUCUCGAGGCAUUUGGAAAUGCAAAAACAGCACAUAACAAUAACUCCAGUCGAUUUGGGAAGUUCAUUCAAGUCAACUAUUUAGAGAAUGGUAUUGUCCGAGGGGCUGUGGUUGAAAAAUACCUGCUUGAAAAAUCUCGUCUGGUUUCUCAAGAAAAAGAUGAAAGGAACUACCAUGUCUUUUAUUAUUUGCUACUUGGAGUCAAUGAGGAAGAGCGUAAAGAAUUUCACCUCAAGCAACCUGAAGAUUAUUUCUACCUCAACCAGCAUAACUUGAAAAUUGAAGAUGGGGAAGAUCUGCGACAUGAAUUUGAGAGGUUAAAACAAGCCAUGGAGAUGGUUGGCUUCCUUUCAGCAACCAAGAAACAGAUCUUUUCAAUACUUUCAGCUAUUCUGUAUUUGGGCAAUGUCACAUACAAGAAGAAAGCCACAGGUCGGGAUGAAGGCUUGGACGUGGGACCUCCUGAAGUGUUGGACAUUCUUUCCCAGCUGUUGAAAGUUAAACGGGAAAUCCUGGUAGAAGUGCUAACAAAAAGAAAAACUGUGACUGCUAAUGAUAAGCUUAUUUUGCCAUAUAGUCUCAAUGAGGCAAUAACAGCUCGUGAUUCCAUGGCCAAGUCCUUGUACAGUGCCCUGUUUGAUUGGAUUGUUCUGAGAAUCAAUCAUGCACUCCUUAACAAGAAGGACAUGGAGGAAUCUGUUACAUGUCUGUCCAUUGGUGUACUUGAUAUUUUUGGAUUUGAAGAUUUUGAAACCAACAGUUUUGAGCAGUUCUGUAUAAAUUAUGCGAAUGAGCAACUUCAGUAUUAUUUCAAUCAGCACAUUUUCAAAUUGGAGCAGGAGGAAUAUAAGAGUGAAGGGAUCACUUGGCACAAUAUUGACUAUACUGAUAAUGUGGCCUGCAUUCACUUAAUCAGCAAGAAGCCCACUGGCCUCUUCUAUCUUCUGGAUGAAGAAAGCAAUUUUCCACAUGCCACCAACCAAACUCUACUGGCAAAAUUCAAACAGCAGCAUGAGGAGAACAAGUUUUUUGUUGGAACCCCAGUGAUGGAGCCUGCUUUUAUUAUUCGCCACUUUGCUGGCAAAGUGAAAUACCAGAUCAAAGAUUUCAGGGAGAAAAACAUGGAUUACAUGAGACCCGAUAUCGUGGCCUUGCUGCGCAGCAGCGACAGCGCCUUCGUGCGGGAGCUGAUCGGGAUGGACCCGGUGGCCGUGUUCCGCUGGGCCGUGCUGCGGGCGGCCAUCCGGGCCAUGGCCGUGUUCGCCCAGGCCGGCCGCGAGAGGGCCCAGAAAACGGCAGGAGUGGUACGUCAAGGACCCAGAGUUCCCCUUGGAGAACUCCAGAGAUCGAAUACGCCGGUAGAAAAAGUUUAUCGCCGCUCAGUGCUCGAUUUCUCAUUUGAUUGUUCUGAGGAUUUCGAUAUAAAUGCUUUUCAAGACAUCAUUUCUUUUUGUGAGAACAAGAAAGACAUGCAUGACCAAAUCAUCGCCAGUAUUAAAGGACUGCCCUGGCAGGGUGAUGAUCCCUGUGAGCUGCUUCGGUCCCUCAGUCAGCUUCAACACCGCUCCCACCUCCUGAAAAGUAAAGGUGUCAAGCAAAAGCAGAUAAUUCCCAAGAACUUGCUGGAUUCCAAAUCUCUGAAGCUCAUCAUGAGCAUGACCCUGCACGAUCGGACUACGAAGUCCCUUUUGCACUUGCACAAGAAGAAGAAACCCCCCAGCAUAAGUGCCCAGUUCCAGGCUUCACUUAACAAGUUGCUGGAGACACUGGGCAGAGCUGAGCCCUUCUUCAUUCGCUGCAUCCGCUCCAAUGCAGAGAAGAAGGAGAUGCUCUUUGAUGAGAGCUUGGUGCUGCAGCAGUUACGGUACACGGGCAUGCUGGAAACUGUGCGGAUCAGGAGGUCUGGCUACAGUGCCAAAUACACAUUCCAGGAAUUCAUUGACCAGUUUCAGGUGUUACUACCCAAAAAUGCCAAAGCCUCCAAGGAAGACAUUUGUGUUUAUUUGAAUAAACUAAAACUGAAUGAAAACUACUAUCAAAUAGGGAAGACCAAGGUUUUUAUGAAAGAAGCUGAACGACAGAUACUACAGGAUACACUACACAAAGAAGUGAUCAGGAAAAUCAUCCUCCUUCAGAGCUGGCUCAGGAUGGUUUUGGAAAGGAGACGCUUCCUCAGGCUGCGGCAGGCAGCCGUUGUUCUCCAGGUACCUUUGAGAAUCGCCAGCCUUAUUUUCCUAAGAACAAACAAAAAACCCAAACAAACAGUGUCAUGCAGCAGUCCCCACCUCGAGGCAGCCCUCCCUCACUUGAGCACCGUGUGUUUGCAGGCGUGCUGGCGCUCCCGCUGUGUCAGGAUGGCUCUGCAGAGGAACAGCGCUGCCACCGAGAUCCAGGCGGCCUGGAGGCGGCACCGGCAGAGGAAACGCUUCCUGCAGCUCAGGACCAGAGUUUGUCUCCUGCAGGCCCUGCUCAGGGGACACCUGCAGCGAAAGAGAUACCAGAAAAUGAUUCUAGAAAAGCGGAAAGCUGAAGAAAAGCAGAGAGAAAUGCAGGAAAAUGAAGACAAAGAGGAUGAUACAAGCAAGGACGAGCAGAGUGAGCCAGCAACAGAUGAGCUGCCUGUGAAACACGAGUCAGAGCCAGGUCAAGCUGUUGAAGACGAAGAUCAAGCUCAAAAUGAACAAGCUGAAAACCUGAGCUCAUCUGAGAAAGCCACAUUACCCCAGAAGCACACGGUGGAGGGCUCGGAGAAAGCAGCCAACAGCCGGGAGAAGCGGGAGUCCCGUCGGCAGAGGGGGCUGGAGCACAACGACUUGCAGAACAAGCAUGUGCUCCUGUCCUUUGAAGGACCAUCUGUGCUGUGCCACGAGGAGCAAACUGUUUCUGAAGAGACCCUGGAAACUGCUCCAGAGCCAGAGAAAUCCACAGCACAAGAAGAUAAUGUCCUUCAGGGAAGCAGUGAGGGAGAGAAAAGUCCAAGUGAAGAAAAAACUCUUUCAGACAUUCCACCAUCAAAUGAGAUAAAAGAAAGUGGUUCUGUUCCUGAGGAACCACCUAAAUCAGAAGCAGAAGACACAGCAGCUGACAGAAUGAAAGCACAAGGGAAUCAGAAUAACCAAAUAAAAGGCAGCCAAAGCUUUACCUGCCCUGAAAGGCCAAAAGAUCUUGCACUGAAUGUUUGUAACACACUGUCUGCUACUGGCAGCUUUCGGGGCCCUGCUGACUGCUGGGCAGAUAAAAACAGGCAGCAGAGGGCAACCAAAGAGUUGGACAGCCCCACUUCUGCAAUCCAGAGAUACGUGGAUGACCCAGAGAAGCUAAAAUACAAGAGGGAGAAGUGGAAAGGAAAGAGACAAUCUGAUGCUGGCCAGAAUGAUGUGCUGAGUCAGUCUUUGGAUGGAAGGAUACGUGUGGAUAAGUCUCCUCAGGGUCAGCUAGAGAAGAAGGGGAGUUCAGCUUCAUUAAGUGACCUCUCAACUCUGGCCCAGACUGUUGCCAUGAACCAGCAAUCACCAGAUCCAAUUGAAGAAGAAAAAGGCAACAAGAAAUACCCUGUGCAGAAGAAACCCAGUGACCACUUCCCUACCUCGGACUCGGCCGUUCCCGUGCAGCCAGCGAGUCAGCAAGGGGAUGCCAAGUCUGCUUUCAAAAGCCCUUUGCGUAGACUUUUGGGGAAAAAGCCAGACAAGAAAAUUGCAAAGGAGAGUUCUGAUGUGAUUGAGGAAGGAGAUGGCCUCUCCCUCGUGUCCUGUGUCCUCUUCACAGACACAGGAGGAACCCAGAAAGUUUCAGAAGGUUCUUCGGGGCAGCCAGGCCGGCCCCAGGCUGGGAAGGAGAGCAGCAAAGCAAAGAAGAACAGAACCAUAAAGAUCAGCAAGAUCUCGAGCGUGUCCCAGAACUGGCGCGCGUCCAUGGUCCGGGAGAUCGCGAACGCCAACGAGCUGAAACACCUGGAUGAGUUCCUGCUAAACAAGAUCAAUGACUUACGCUCCCAGAAGUCUGGUGUUGAAUGUUUGUUUUUUGAAGCCACAGAGAAGUUCAGAGGAAACAUCAAGACCAUGUACUCUGCUCCUAACGGACAAAUCCAUGUUGGCUAUAAAGAUCUGGUGGAAAAUUACCAGCUCCUAGUUACAAACCUGGCCAAAAAAAGGGAAGAGAAAGAAGUCAAGCUGGUUUUGAAUCUCUUUCUAUCCCUUCUGGAUGAAUUCAUUAGAGGAUAUACAAAGAAAGAGGAAUCUGAGCAGCCUAAGCAAACCAAAGCCCAGAAGAAGAAACGGAAACAGGAUCGUGCAAUUGAAGAGCACAAUGGCCACGUGUUCACAAACUACCAAGUGAGCAUCCGGCAGUCGUGUGAGCACUGCUCCUCCUACAUCUGGCCCAUGGAGAAGGCCUGUCUGUGCAGUGUUUGCAAGCUGACUUGUCACAAGAAGUGCAUGUCCAAAAUCCAGAGCAGCUGUACCUCCUGUGGGAAAAAGGGCGAGCAGGACGCGGAGCCCCGGCACUUCGGGGUGUGCGUGAGCGCCCUGACCAGCGACAGGAACUCGGUGCCUGUGGUCAUGGAGAAGCUGCUGGAGUACGUGGAGAUGCACGGGCUCUACACAGAGGGCAUCUACCGGAAAUCAGGAUCGGCAAAUCGGAUGAAGGAGCUGAAGCAGUUGCUGCAAGAAGACCCAAACUCAGUGAAACUGGAGAAUUACCCUAUUCACACCAUCACAGGGAUCCUUAAGCAGUGGCUGAGGGAAUUGCCAGACCCACUGAUGACCUCAGCACAGUACAAUGAUUUUCUCAGAGCUGUAGAACUGCCAGAGAAACAGGAGCAGCUCCAUGCCAUUUACAGUGUCCUGGAACAGCUCCCACAAGCAAAUCAUAAUACCUUGGAACGACUCAUAUUCCAUCUUGUCAAAGUGGCUUUGAUAGAAGAUGUGAACCGCAUGUCCCCCAACGCCUUGGCCAUCGUGUUUGCUCCGUGCCUCUUGCGCUGUCCUGACACCUCUGACCCCUUGACCAGCAUGAAGGAUGUUUCAAAAACAACCAUGUGUGUAGAGAUGCUCAUAAAGGAGCAGAUAAGGAAGUACAAGAUAAAAAUGGAAGAAAUCAAUCAGCUGGAAGCAGCAGAGAGCUUCGCUUUCCGACGGCUCUCAUUGCUUCGGCAGAACACGCUCUGGCCUAUAAAACUUGGGUUCUCUUCCCCUUAUGAGGGGAAGCUGAGUAAAAGCUCUCAGGUCAAAGGAAAUGACAGUGGCGCCUCAGAGCUGGACUCAGUGCACGAAGAGGAGGAGGUUUCUGAAGCCAACAACCGGGAGAAGGAGAUUCUCAUUGAUCGCAUACAGUCGAUAAAAGAAGAAAAGGAGGACAUCACUUACCGCUUACCUGAGCUCGACCAGCGAGGCUCUGACGAGGAAAACGUGGACUCGGAGACCUCUGCCAGCACAGAGAGCCUGCUGGAGGACAAACCAGGCCGGAUGGAUACCGAAGCAAUUAUUGGAUUACACUGCUGUGCUCAGAGCUCCAGCGUGCCUGCCAAAGACAUUUGCAAAGUGCCUUCUCUCCCGCAAAUCUCUUCAAAUUCUUCCUCUGCCUCCCUGGCUUCAAGGCGCAGAUACUCCUUAACACUGUCCAAGAUUAAAGUGCCCCGUCGAACUCCGGUGAUGCCAACAGCAAACAUAAAACUUCCUCCCGGGCUGUUCAAAUGUACAGAAUCCCAGGACAAGGUUUUGGCUAAGGAAGAGUGUCAGGUGGUGCAGCGGAGGGAGCAGCCAGCGAGGCGGACUGACAGCAUCCAGUCGGUGUACAUUGCACAAGGGUCUGCACUGGCCCACGCUCAGGAACUCGGGGAUGAAUAUGAGCCCACGGCAAAACUCAAACGCAGGUUCUCGGACCCUUACUCUCACAUUCCCUGUGUGGAGAAGUGAAAUUCUUCAGCUCUCCGGACUCUUCUUGAAGUUGACCACAGCUUUGGCUUUAACCCUUUGAAGGCUGUGAACUUGUUCAUGGUCUUUUAAGUGGCUGCAGGGAAGGCAGCCCAGAAAUGUACAGUACUGUAAGGGUUAAACAAGGUUGUUUUAAGCAAAUAUUCUCCACUUUAAAUUAAAACCUUGCAAAGAAAGUAAAGCUUAAUGUUGAAUACAUGGGUUGAGUGUACAGGAAACAAGCCCCCCCCCCAUUCCGCUGCUGUGCCUUUUCCAUUUGCCUUACAAUGGACUCUCAUGGGACCAACAGUGAGUUUAGGUCAAUGUGUGUUGCCUUAAUGUUUUGUAUGAUUUUAUGACAAUUUUCUCUGUGGUUUACAGAACUGUUAAUGCGGUAAUAGCCUUAACUGAGACCAACAUGUAUAAAACGUUUAUUAAAACAUUGCACUUUUAAAAAAUA